AUGGCUCCCCCUAACCCUAUAUUCACUCCUACUAAUGGGAAGUGUCUUGGCGCUCAGGAAUUCUAUGCCGGUCUCGAUGGCUACGUCAACCCGGAUGCUAAUGUCCAUGAAGAAUAUCAAUCUAGCCUUCGCCACGCGAACCCACAAUCCUUCUUUGAUGACGCUUUCUGCAGUUAUGACGAUUCGUCGAUUACACAGGAGGACAUUUUCGGUGCAAGGAUCGUCCACCAUACUGAGACGGAUAUCGACUCGGAAGAUAGCCGCCCCAAAUGUUAUGUUGAUGAGGACUCAAAUCUCGAUGACCCAGAGUCUUCGAGCACGAAUCCCACUCCUCCUGUCGAACUCUUUGGCCCUUUCGCGCCCGUUGGCUCAACUAUUAAUCCUAGACUUCUCUCCUCUAUUCGUUCAGCGGGCAUUGAAACCCACAUCAAACACAACGCAACUGAGAAGGUUCUGCUACAAACAGAAUCCACUACUGCCGACAGCAAAGCCAUGCAAGAUCAGAUUAAAGCUGAUUUCGAUAAGGAGAUGCUUCAAGAUGCCAUGGCCAUUCUGAAACUCCAAAAUCUCAUCAUCUUGAGUAAGCACGAUCAAGCUUGUCUCAAGAAGGACAUUUACAUAAUGAUGGACAGAUGGGCGACACAGGAAUUGGCGGAUACUCUCUUGGCCCUAGAAGAUCAGUCUACUGUUGACGGUAUAUACAAAAUUUACCAACUUUUACUGUCUCUCAUCAAAGACUACUUGGACAAGGCGACCUCUGAUUUCCUCCCACGAGCAUAUCGAGGUCUUGCUGUGGUGGACUCAGGCUUGACUUACAACGAGCGCCAAGGGCUCGAGGGGGGGGUUGACCUGGAUAUUCUCGACAAACCUGGACGGAAACUUCUUUUCUGGGCUUUCCUAAGACACGAGUUGAUGAGCAAGGUUCGUCUUUACGUCGCGGUUAUUGAUCGUAGCUAUAGGCCUCCAGCCGAACUGAGUCGACGAGGAGGCCAUAAGUUUCUACCAUGGGAGGACGAAGCCAUCAGGUGUGUUCAUACCUAUAUACAAACUCUAUAUACAGCCUUCUUUUCUGAGUGGUCUGGAGCUGAGGUGCCGGAUCCGCCACCUCCAGGACUUGGACGCUCCAGCAACAUCGUCUGCGAGACGACCCGAUGGGUAGAAGCACUCACAAACGAUAAGUCCGUGUGCGCCACGGCCGCAGCAAAACUACCGAACUAUGGUCAUCAGCCAAUCAUGAGCCUCUUGGAUGAGAGACAAAAGCAGCAAGGUCAAGAAGCCUUCGAUUGA